AUGCCAGCGCCAAAUUCCGGCACCAGCUGGACUUCGGCCUCCACAUUUUCAGCAACCCCAACUUCGGCAUCAGCAAGUUACCUUAGUUAUGCAUCUCCUCCAUCAAUACAAGCAGCCGAGUCAAAAUACCUUGUGGAUUACUCCAAGUUUCUCCAAGCUACCGGAACCCCUCAGGCAAGCUUGUACAAACAGCUGACUCCGGACCUCCAAGCCAUUCAAAGCGCUCAAGCAGAAGCCUGGUCCUCAUCUCUCUCUCAGGCCACUGGCCCUGCCAAGCGCCAUUGA